GGUCGACUUAUCCUUGUGCCCCGGUCAGCAGAAGUAAGAAGAAUAAUAAUUAUCAAAGAAUGAGGAAGUUCAUUGUCGGAUAGAACUCUGUGGUGGAGCAUUGCACGCGGCGGUUUAACCUCCGUUCGCUCCCGACAGAAUCCCUUGUAUUUGUCCCAAAAAGUUUGAUAUCGGUUUACACGAUGUGGAUUUAGUGUUUUGAGUGUUCAGUGUACGUUUUAAAGUGAUAAUCGUCGUCGGCCCCGUCGUUUUUCCCUGUUCACGCCGGUAUGGGGGCCGAAUGGGCCCGGAUGGUCCGUGGUGGAAGCCGAUUUUUUUGGCGGUCAUUGACCAGAAGCGAAAAUCCUCGACAGAAUGAUCCUAGCGAACGAGCCCAACAUUUUUUAUGAAACGCAUAAUUGAAUUGAAUUGAAUUGUCGGAUAGGAGCAGUUUUAUGCUAUGGAUUUGUUUAUUCUAACCUUAGCAAUACGGAAACUGUGCUUGGCACAAAUGAAAAUGGCAAAUAUGUUGAAUAUUGGAAACGAGGAAUCGCCAAAAGAAGAAGUAAUAAAAAAACUACUCCCCUUGAAACCAGCCAGAGAAAACGGAUUGCUGUUGAACAUUCAGCAUAACAGCUCCAAGAAACACGUACGCAUAGUUAUUUGCGAUUUCCAUUGCUCGGGGAACGUUAUAGCUUUGGCGACGAACGAAGGGCAAAUACACAUCAUCAACUUUUUAUUGACGAAAUUUUGGGCGUUACCACAAAUCGAACGAUGCACUUGUUUAAAGUUUUCAAAGCGCGCUGAACUUGAAUUACUAAUUAGUAAAAAUGAUGGGUCAAUAAAAGUAGUAAAUGCUAACUCUGGCAACGAAGUAGUUAAUCUCAUCUAUCAUAAAUACCCAGUUGCAACAAUUUCAAUUGCUGAUUCCAAUAUCUGCGUUUCUGCAUCAAAACAUGAGGCUGUUAUCUGGGAUUUGAAAAACUAUGUUAAGUUACAAGUCCUCGCGUUGGCAGACAACUGCGUAUUAAAAUUUGUACAUUUUAUACCUGUAAGUAAUCAUAUCCUUGCUUGCUUUCAAGAUGAUGUUAUACAAAUUUGGCGGAGUGACACUUUCAGCAGUCUUAAACAAUUUUCGCCUUCAAACUGGCAUAAUUACUCAGUGAAAUCUGUCUCGCUUUCAAGAAAUGGUCGAAUCAUGGUGGUUGGCGGAUAUUUGCCAAUAAUAGCAAUCUUCCUCUUGGACGUUUGGAAGUUGCUCAAGGUGGUCCACCUGCCUGAUUAUAUCAAAACAGUAAAGGAAGUUCAUUUGAUUCCUAGAGAUUUCGAUGGUGGUUCCAACAAAUUGUUGAUAAUAUUGUCUGGCAAGGGAGUGAUAUACUUCUAUGACAUGCAAAAGAACCUUAUAGCCUCUGAACUGAGAUCAAAGUGUGAAAUUGUGGGUGUUAAAAUUUGCGAGAACAAAGCGCAUUAUUUGGCUUGCCUAUUGAGUUCGGGAGAAGUUGAAAUUUAUGACAUCACUCAAUAUGUAACCGAGAGUGAAGGCACGGUGAUUGAGAGAGUCCACCAAAGUAGUUCAAAAAUUAAGCUGAGGACGUUAUCGAAAAGUAGUAUUAGAGAAGUCAAAUACCAGAUCAAUGAAGUUCUUCAAGUCGACAAAAUUAAGUCGGUAAUCCGCGAAUAUCAACAGAUUCCUGAUGUUUACCGGACUGUGUUGUGGGAAAAGAUUCUGGAGCUCCCGAAUAACAGAAAACUAUAUAGCACUAUUGCUAACAAUGUUAGCAUAGUGGCGUUCAAAGAUUUAUAUUCUAAAUUUCCUUUGGAAGAUGCCGCGCUAGUUAAAUGUCUCAAGAAUUUGUUGAAUAAUAUAGUAACAUGGUGCCCAUUCUUCGCAACCGUAAAUUAUCUGCCCGUGCUUUUAUUCCCUUUUGUUAAGGUGUUUCAUAAAAGCCCCGUAAUCUGCUUCGAGCUGUGUUGUACGAUAAUAAUAAACUGGUGCCAACACUGGUUUGAGUACCAUCCGCUCCUGCCCAUGAACGUUCUGGCAAUGAUAGACAACUUAUUCAUUGAGUAUGAUCCAGACUUGUUGAAGCAUUUUCGUGAAAUUACUUUACCUUCGAGCGUUUAUAGUUGGUCACUAUUGGAAACGGCAUUUUCAGAGGCUUUAACAGCAUCCGAAUGGGUCAGAUUUUGGGAUCAGGUGUUAAUAAACGAGCCUGCUUUCUUAAUAUGCGCGGUGGUAGCCUACAACGUGCUUCAGAGAAAGGCACUGAUGAGAUUGAACUUGCACGAUCUCGUUAAUUUUUAUCACACUUUGAAACCUGUAGAUGUUAGGAAACUGAUCUCAAAAACUUACCAUAUUUUGAAUAAUACCAGUGAACGAAUGCAUCCUAGACAGUACCUGAAGCCGUUUAGACGUUUAAGCCGAGACACUUAUCCCGAUUUUCAAGAGUACCCGCGAACUACCGCAGAUUUGCAAAUGGGACAUUUGAACUACUUGAAUAGGGAAUACGAAAAGUUACAUAAGGAACGCGAUUUACUUAUGGGACAAGCGCGGAUGGCAAAUUCGGAGGGGUCUUCCCAUGUGGAGGUACAAGAGGAACAGAAAAAAAGACUUAGAGAGGUGGAAAAAGCAUGCUUGGAAAAUAUUAAGUCAUACCAAGAAAAUUUAAAAAAACAACAAGAAAAUUUGUUAGAGAUGAGGCAGGAAUUGUUGCAUCAAGAAAAGGAAAUGAUAGAUGAUACUAGUCAGAGGGGGCAACAAUUCAUGUUACAACGUCAAAUGGAUGAAGCCAGAUUAUUAUUGGACAAAUUGCAAAUAAAUGAUAACUUAAACCAAAUUGAAUUUAUGAAAGUUAAGGAUAGGUUUCUUCAGAAGAAUUUAGAUAUGCUGAGACAGAAGCAAGAUCUCCUUGAUUUACCAGCUGGUGAUAAAGCCAAUGCGAACAUUGCCAGCCAUGUUGCUCUGUUCCAAAACGAAGCCAUGAAAAUGAGAAACGAAUUAGAAAAGGCUAAAGUUCAGUUAAACAAAUCACCAACAAACUUUAAUGUUCUUUCAGGAAUAUCUGCCAUAGAUAAAAUAAUAGACAAAAUUAAAAAUGAACUUGCAACAGACGAUCUCAGAAUGGAAAAGCGGAAUGAGUGUGUAUCGAAAGUAAAAGGUUUAGAAAUUGAGACCCGAGCUUUGCAAAGAGAUGUUUCCAGAUUGCUGAAAGUUUUAGCUGACAAUCACAAGAAGAACACUUUCAAUAAUGGAUAAUUUAUUUCCUUUUAAAAACUUUGUCUAUAUUAUGGG